CCUUAUGUGGAGUGAGUGUCCUUCGGGAGGAAGUGUGUUUCGUAUAUACGCCGAAAAAAGAGAGCGAGGAGAGAAAAUUUCGUACAAAUUGUGGAAAGAAUUGAAUUAUCGUCUUGAAUGUGAAUACAUUAGACUUUUCGUACAGGAAGGCAGGUAUUUAGAGCUGGACCGUUCGGCUUCCCUUGUGAAGUCCACUAUUUCCAUAGCCUUUUCCCAUGACGGUCGGUACUUUGCUUCGACUCAUGGUGACCACUCGGUAAAAGUUUUUGAGUGGCCUUCUGGUAAGCAAAUAGCGACUUUGGAGAAGCACCGUAGAACUCCUUGGACAGUCAAGUUUCAUCCCUUUAAGAGACAUAUUCUUGCUUCUGGUUGCAUUGGUAACGAAUGUUGCGUAUGGGACUUGAGAGAUGGAAGUUGUGUUCGGUCUCAAAAAUUUCCUGCAUCCAUUAGCUGCCUUAGUUUCCAUCCUAACGGAGAACUUAUCGCAGUUUCUUCAGGUUCUUGUGUGUUUCUUUGGAGAUACGGUUUUCUUCGUAAAUAUUCACUAAGGAAGGUACCACAACUUUAUAAUUCUUCCAAUACAUUCCGUUCACUCUUUCAGCCUUUGAACACUAAAGUACGUGUUUGUCGGGAUGAUGAAGAUUUCUCUGUCUUGGAGUCUUCAGGAGAAGAGUCGUACGAAAUUCUCAAGACGCCUAUGCCUACUCUACCGUAUCAUAUGGUGCAGUUUCACCCUUCUGGACAGUUUCUUCUUACUGGGGAAAAGAACCGCUCUUCUGCAGAGUUGCAGUUUAGUUUGAGAUUUGUUUUGCAUCGCUUUGAUCUAGAAGAACAGACUAUCUCUACUAGCAGUCCUGUAUUGAUAAUUCCGAGAGCCAUUGCAUACAAUGAUGCUGGUGUUGAUUUUUCUCCUUGUGGAAAAAUGAUUGUUGCUUGUGUUCCGGAGGAAGACAACCAGAUGGCCUUUCAGAUAGCAAUUUUUUCGCUUGUUAAUCGUGCAGAUGGAGUUCUUAUGGGCGAUAUGUUAUACAGUAUACCUUUAGAUUCUGCGCAUCUUUGGGCACUUACGAAUUUGAAGUUUUCUUCAAGUGGUUCUCACCUACUUGCGGGUUUUAGUUUUCGCUCCCCAAGCGUGACUGACAUGGCUAAGAUAUGUUUGUGGGAUUCGAAUAAUGAGUUUUUCAAGUCGGAAACCGGAAAGGCUGAUGUUAUAGAAAUUCACCACCUUCAUUCUAAAAAUCGAACAAGUCUUGUUCAAACAUUGCAAUCGGACGUUAUCUAUGACCGUAUCAAUUACACUCCUAGUGUGGAGGAUGAAAUUAACGUCGCUUUAUUUUCUCCAGGAAGGACAAUAUCGGGAGUUGUUGCUGAUGGUCUUAUUUAUGGUACGCAGAAAGGUAGAAUUCGAUUGUUUCAGUUGAACAAGUGAACCGGAGAUGAAGAAGCAAGAUGACAACAGAUAAGAAGAGAGGAGGAUAAUCAAUCCCACCACAGAACAUUUCUUCGAACGAGGGGACAAAGUGGAUCGUGUCCUCCUCGUCGAUCUGUUUGGGAA